AUGCCGGACAAAAUUGAGGGAACAAUUGGCUGUGAGCUGCAGGUGAACUACAACAACAUUGAGAAGGUCUUGUGGGAGCCUUUUGUAGAACCUUGGAAAGUUCUGUCGAGCAUGAGCAGAAAGCAUGACGAGAGUGCCCUUUUGAAUAGUGCAAUGAUGACAGACAUUCACCUUGAAUCUACAGCACAGCUCAACUUGAAUAUUACUGAGUCCCUUGUUGAGGUUGUUUUGAGGGCAAUUGAGAUGAUCAAGGAUGCAUGGGGCUUUAUGGGCAUGACAGAAAGUUCUAAGUUCUUAAAUUCUCGGAUUAGAGAAAAUCUAGAAACCGGAAGAUAUGCUCCAUAUAUACUACAGAACUUGACUGCUCUGCCUCUUGUAUAUAAUGUCUGCCAAGGGCAAGUCAGGGCUGAUGAUAUGGAUUUGUCUCAGUCAAAAUGUCUUCUGCAGCCUGGGUCUUCUACUCCAGUUUAUGUCAAUGAAUCUCCUGAGGAACAGCUUUUCCCUGUGGCUGCACCAUUUUCUGGAGGGACAAAAAUCAUCACCUUCCAGCACAGAUACGUGAUAAGUAACGCAUGCACUAAAAAAUUGUGUUAUAAGCAGAAGGGAACCGCUUUUGCUGUUUCACUGGAAGCUGGACGGCAUUCCCAUAUUCAGUGGAUUGAUACAAGAAGGGAAUUAUUGAUUUCUGUUCGUUUUGAUGAACCUGGAUGGGAGUGGUCUGGAUGCUUCUUGCCGGAGCAGCUAGGUGAUACUCAAAUUAAAAUGAGAAAUUAUAUCUCAGGUGCAAUCAAUAUGAUACGUGUGGAAGUGCAGAGUGCUGAUGUUUCCAUCAGAGAAGAAAAGAUUGUUGGAAGCCCCCAUGGGAACUCUGGGACAAACUUGAUUCUUUUAUCUGAUGAUGAUACAGGCUUUAUGCCCUACAGAAUUGACAACAUGUCUAGGGAGAGGUUGCGAAUUUACCAGCCAAGAUGCGAAUCUUUUGAAACAUUGGUUCAAUCUUACACUUCUGCCCCUUAUGCUUGGGAUGAACCGUGCUAUCCACAUCGUCUUACCGUUGAGGUACCUGGUGAACGUGUUUUAGGAUCAUAUGCUCUUGAUGACAUAGAAGUUCAGUCAUUUGUGUACUUACCUGCAACUUCAGAGAAGCCUGAAAGAAAUUUGCUCAUUUCUGUCCAUUCUGAAGGAGCUAUUAAGGUUCUUAGUAUUGUUGAUUCAAGUUACCAUGUUUUGAAUGAUUUGAAGAGUCUGCAUGUUCCUCGGCUGAAAGAUAAAAGAAAACCUAUUCAGAAGUAUGAAACUUCUGUUCAUUGCAAGGAAAGAAUAUCAGUUGACAUACCCUUUCUUGGAAUCUCUUUGAUGAAUUCUCAUCCUGAGGAGUUGCUCUUUGCUUGUGCCAAGAACAUGAAAGUUAAUUUUGUACAGAGCUUGGAUCAACAACAGUUUAACUUACAAGUUUCAUCCUUGCAAAUUGAUAAUCAGUUGAAUAUUACUCCAUACCCUGUAAUCCUCUCUUUUGACCAUGGAAACAAGGGCAAUCUGGUCAACCAGGUGAAGUAUAAAGAGGAUAGUACCAAAAUGGCAAGUGGAAGUAUGCCCCAAAUUUCUUAUCGUGAACCAGUGUUCUCCUUAGCUGUGGCAAAGUGGAGGAACAAAGAUACAUUGGUUUCAUUUGAACAUAUAAGCCUCAGAAUUGCAGAUUUUUAUCUCGAGAUCGAGCAAGAAGUAGUAUUGAGAUUGUUUGACUUCUUUAAAACCUUAUCUUCAAGGUUGGAGAGCAGAAUUUUCCAACACAUGGGCUCCACACACCAUCAAUUGUUUCCUGAUUUUGAAUUUUCUAGGAAUGCCCCUGUAGAUGUUGGAAAACAUUUGUGUUCCACUAACAUUACAAUGCUUAAUAAAGAUAACAAAAGAAGCUGUUUGCUACCUAAAAUGGUCCCAACUGGAGCUCCAUGGCAGCAAAUUCACCUUCUUGCCCGAAAGCAGAAGAAAAUCUACGUUGAAUCAUUUGAUAUGGCACCAAUUAAGUUCACAUUGAGCUUUUCCAGCAGUCCGUGGAUGCUUAGAAAUGGGGUUCUUACAUCAGGGGAAUCUCUUAUCCAUAGAGGUCUUAUGGCUCUUGCUGAUGUUGAGGGAGCAAAAAUUCAUCUUAAUCAACUGAUCCUUUCACACCAGCUAGCUAGCUGGGAAUCCAUCCAAGAGAUUCUUAUUAGCCAUUACACUCGACAGUUUCUACAUGAGAUGUACAAGGUUUUUGGUUCUGCUGGCGUCAUAGGAAAUCCUAUGGGAUUUGCGAGGAGUCUAGGUCUUGGCAUCAAGGAUUUCUUAUCGCUUCCUAUCUGGAAUGUUUUUCAGGUAUAUCACCUUAACUGUGAUCCAUUUUCUUGCUAA